AUGCGCGCAUCGUUGCCUCGAGAACAAGAGGAUCCCUUCAUUUCCGGUCUUCAGGAAGAUCGUCAUGUUACUACGGGGUUUUGGUUUUUUGUGCUUCUUAUUUCUAAUUUCUGCUCAAGAUGUGCUGGAGUGUACUCGGUGCUUACAGACAGUGAAAGCUUGAUAGUGAACUGCCCACGUCUACCAGAUCCUGCCUACGCUUACAAUGAAACCUUUGCCCGUUACUAUAUGACUCCGAUUGUCGCUGCUGUAUUUGGGGACAGUCCAGAACCAUGUCUGAGAGCGCAACUUCCGCAUGUGGCGUACUAUAAGAAUAUCCGUGUCAACUGCUCCACCGAUUUCCCAAAUGUCACCUGUUAUGGAUACACUGCAUGGGAUUCAGUGGAAAAGGCAGUGAUCAUAGCAUUUGAAGGCACAAGCUCUGGGUACCAGAUGACCGACGAAAUACUCAGUUUCUUCCAGGAAAAAGUAGCUUUCUUCGACGAUGGUCACCUGUUCAAAUACUUCCAUGAUGCAUUCAUCUCUCUAUGGGAUGGUGGACUCGAACGGCAAGUUCACACUCUCAAGUACCAGUAUCCAGACUACAAACUUUACAUCACCGGUCAUUCCUUGGGAGCAUCGAUCGCGACAGUCGCAGCCUCGUAUAUCGUGAAAUGGGGAAGGUGGUCACCGAACGACGUGAGGAUUGUUACGUUUGGCCAGCCGAGGACUGGUGACAUCGACUUCGCUGAGUGGCAUGAUGGCGUGUUCCGUUACUCCUAUCGUAUUGUUCAUCAACGCGAUCCUGUACCUCAUAUUCCUCCAGUACUAGGAAAGGAUAGUGUUUUUCACCAUCGCUUCGAAGUUUGGUACAACAACAAUAUGACCGUCGGACAACCGUACACAAUUUGUCCGGAAGCGGAUGGCGACUACUGCAGUAACAAAGUAAUCAGUGGCGAAGCAUGGGAGCAUAUGUGGUAUUUCGAUAAGGAUCUUGGCGACUGGGGAGCAAAAGGAUGCCCUUCAUCAUGA